GUCUCAAAUAGAGACUAGAGACUGGUUACAGAAUCCCGCUAUUAUUCUAGCAACUUCUGACGCUACCACACGCAUUUUAUAUACAUAUAUAAAUAAAGAACGUUAAUUUUUCAAAGUAAAAGUUUGGAAGUGUUAUUGUAUUUCAUAUAAGAGUCAUUGGAUACCAUUGAAGUAAUAAGGCUUUUAACGCUAAAAUUGGUGACCCCGACGUGAUUUCUGAUUGCGUCAAACUAAUCCCAAUAGUAUUCACAUGUUAUUAUAAGUACAACGAAAAUGACUCUCGAUCGUUCACCUGUUCGCCAUAAGCAAGAUCAACAAGACCAAAGGAUAGCAGAGACGCAGCAACAGCAGCGAGAUGACCUGCUUCUACAGAAUUCUUUAUUAUUCGGAGACGCUCAGAACAUGCUUUUCAGCGACACAGCAACUGGCAUUCCUGUUACAGACAACAGACCAUCUCGUGCAAACAUUAAUUUCAAUGCGGUACAAGGCAAAUUUAACAAUCACUAUUCGUAUCGCAACGUCCAGUCUAAUAACGAUGCACAAAUUAUGACAGUCACACAACUCAGACUCCACACACACACAAGCACAGCUGGGGUCGCGAAACAUCAGGAACGACAAUAGUAUGUACCACCAGUUGUCCGGCGCUUUGAAGCCAGAAGUACUCAAGGAGGUGUCAGACAUCAUCGGCGCAACGCCAGCUCAAGAUAAGUACAUCUAUUUAAAAACCAAUCUCAUAAAACGUUUCACCGAUGUUGACAGAGCUUGAACUCGGGAAUCGGAAGGCUAGCCAGCUUCUCAGGGAGAUGAUGAUUCUGGUUAGCAACAGAGCAUCAGAAGAGCUUCUUCGCAGUAAGUGGUUGGCGCUGCUGUCUGAAUUCGUAUGCAAAAUCCUCAAAGCCAUCCAGAAUAACAGCACGCUUGACCAGCCCGCCGAAGCUGCAGACGGUGCCAUGGAAAACCACACCAGUUCUCAGGUUAUGUUAACUAGCAUCCAGGCUUUACCAACUCAUGUCCAGGCCGUCACAAACAGUGGUUUUCAUUCUCAGCCACAUCACAGUUACGACACCAGGUUCUCUGUCGAGCACAGACUCAGCAACCCAGAGCAAGCCAUAGAGACUCUGACAGCCGCAUUCUCCGAGUUGUCCAACAAACUCGUCAAAAGCAGCGAGAGACGUCCACGAUGACGAUCUCGAGCUCCAGGAACAUCAGAUCUUUGUUUCUAUCUCAGCAAAUUCGGGGAGAGACCCCACCGAUGUCUUCAACCCUGCACAAGCCUGCUACCAACGAGGGAAAUUAGCGAGGCUAUCGUCAUCAGUCAAGACGGUUGGCGACAGCAGUCAUCAUGUUCCAUCCAACAAGGAGUAUCGCCUGCAUGUACCUGACAGAUCGUCACACCAGAGAUUCCUCGUUAACCCUGGCUCAGUGUUCUCUGAAGUACCACGAGCUUUUGUCAAGCAAAAACUACUGCCUUCGGAAUUUAAACUUUACGCAGAAAACUCAACUAGCAUCAAUACAUACGGUCACCAACUAGUCACCCUCAACCUUUUCUGAUAGACCUAAAAAAACAUCGACUCAUCGACCCGUUAACAUCACUCACUACGACGGGAGAACUUGCUGAAACCACGGAAUAUGGUAUUUCGACAGUGGACCAGAAAGCCCUUUUCAACACCCAUACCGAUAACAGGUAUAUCGACUUACUAAAUCGUUUCAGCAUGUCUAACGUAGCUCACCACAUUAAAAGCAGCAAAAUAUGACAUCAACCUGUUACUACAGCUUGGGGUGAUUCGACCUUCUAGCAGCAACUGGGCCAAUCCCAUCCGCAAGGUACCCAAGAAGCUGGGGGUUGGCGAUGCUUCACAACUAUGUACACUGUACAGACACCAUUGAAUUCCUUUCUAAAAAAAUGCCAAGAAAAACGACAAACGCAAAGUGCCUUGAUCACCAGAGGAUAAAAAAAGCCGUAGUAGACUGUAAAAAGAGUGUUGCAGCAGCAACUAGAACAACAUUCUUUUUAUCUACCGCCUCUCUCUCUCUCACAACUCAGCCAUAGGUAAAUCGUUAGAGCAGUUCGAGGAUAGCAUCUGGAAGCCAAUUGAAUUUUUCUCCAGGAAGCUCAGCCCCACAGAUAUGACAGCAUGUACGUAAGAGAGCUGUUAGCAGUAUUUGCAGCCAUUAGAUUUUUCCGACACGCCACGCCACUUUAUCAUUAAAAUGGAUCACAAGCCUCUAAUCUACGCUUUCGCCCAGAGAUCCAGUAGAGCUUCUCCACGACAGCUAAACCAGCUCGAUUACAUCUCCCAGUUCACCACGGAGAUCGUUUACAUCAAAGGUGAAGAGAACGUGGUGGCUGACGCCCUAUCCAGGAUUAGUGCCAUUAGCAUGCCGACCGUUUUGAGCGCCGAAAGAAUUCAGCAUGAGCAACAAGAGGAUGAAGAACUCCAGCAGCUUAUUCGCAACAACAACAACACGACUUUGAAAUUCCCACGUCUAUCAAUUGAUGAAAACACUUCAAAUUUAGAUAAAUUUUCCAGAUGGCCCGUUGCUGUUCCUCUGAAGGACAUGACGGCUGACGUUGUUUGCACUGCUUUCUAUUCGAACUGGAUUACUCAGUUUGGCACACCGCUAACCAUCACCACAGAUCAAGGAACCCAGUUUGAGUCUGCGCUCUUCACGGCUUUGAUACGGCUGAUUGGUGCCCAUCUCAUAAGAACAACGCCAUAUCAUCCGCAAUCAAAUGAACUGGUAGAAAGGUGGCACAGAACGCUCAAGGCAGCCCUAAUGUACAACACUGUUUCUCCUUGGCCGGAGGAAGUUCUUCCAACAGUGCCCCUAGGUCUUCGCACGUGCUAUAAAGAAGACCUUGACGCCUCACCUGCUGACCUGUAUUUGGCACAGGUUUACGUGUUCCGGGAGAAUUUUUGGUUUCAUAGGGCAUGUCACCGGACCCACAGAUUUUCGUCGAGAAAUUUCUCGAUGGAAGAGAGAAGAUUGUCGCCGUCGACAAGCACAAGCCAACAUACAUCGCCAAAGAAGGCACUGAAAACACUCAGUAGCCCGGAGUUGAGGAACUACCAGUCAAUUUCAGCCAGCAGCUGGAAUCAUGGACAAGCCUGUUCGUACUUAUUCCAGGAGAGAUAAGACUGUUUCGUUCCCCUCGCAUUCUACGAAAAUCACUGAGGGAAGAGUAUAUGUGGCAAAUCCGCCUGCAGCAAAUUCCACCACAGCACAAUUACAGCUGUUGAGUUGAAUUGCAGUUACGAGUCUUAUGUACCUGAAAAAUUAUUAUUCUAGCAAUUCUUGCGCUUCUUCUUCUUAAUUGGCGUAGAAACCGCUUAAGCGAUUAUAGCCGAGUUUCUUGCGCUACCAGAACAUUAUUCUAGCAAAUUCUGACGCUAACACAUUUUAUAUAUCGUCAUCUAAAAUGCAAAAUAACGUAACAACAUUUUCGAAAAUUUACAGUGGCAUGAAUGAAAC